GCUCCCAGGAGGAGCUUCUGCUAAAGGCGCGGAGCACAAGGCUCCGAGGGCGCAGAGUAAAGCAGCACCGCCCGGUAGAAGUCAGGACUGGAGACUGCGUGUCCACAGCCCACCCCCAGCUUCCACUCAGUGCCGGCAUCCCAACCCCUACCAGCCGUCGCCCAGCGCGACCCGCGGCCAUGCAGUCCCGGGUUUGAGGCGGCUCCAUGGCAAAACCUGCGAUCCCAGCGACGACGGCGCAUGGAGAACUUCCGUAAGGUGCGCUCGGAGGAGGCGCCAGCGGGGGACGGUGAUGAGGGUGGCAGCCUGAGCUCUGGCCCUUUCGCAGAUCUGGCGCCCGGUGCUGUACACAUGCGGGUCAAGGAGGGCAGCAAGAUCCGCAACCUGCUGGCCUUUGCCACCGCCAGCAUGGCGCAGCCAGCCACGCGCGCCAUCGUCUUCAGCGGCUGCGGCCGGGCCACCACCAAAACCGUCACGUGCGCCGAGAUCCUCAAGCGCCGCCUGGCGGGCUUACACCAGGUCACGCGGCUGCGCUACCGGAGUGUGCGCGAGGUGUGGCAGAGCCUCCCGCCUGGGCCCACCCCAAGUCAGACGCCUGACGAUCCCGCCGCCAGUCUCAGUGUACUUAAGAAUGUACCGAGUCUGGCUAUCCUACUUUCAAAGGACGCAUUGGAUCCACUACAACUUGGCUACCAGCCUCCGAACCUCAAUCCUGGUCCUUCGUCCCCUCCUACGGUGUCGGUGUCGACGUCCAAGAGAAGUCUGGGGGACUCUGCUGCUGGAGAAAGCACCGCUAAGCGGUCUCAGCCUGAGCCAGGGGCUGAGAAUGAGGACCCAACCGCUUGAGAACUCCCAGCUCUGAGCCACCUAGACCG